AUGAUGUCACUAGAACAAACCACCACUCAGGUUCCCACAAUAAUCAUCGAUGAAACAUCACAAGGCGGCGACUCGACGACCACUAGUACACCAUCAACCGGUCAAUGGAGGACAAACUUCUUCCGCCGCCGUGUCAACACAAAGCAUUCAGUUACAAACAUCCCAACCAACGGUGAUACCAAACAGCGCACAACAGGAGGUUUUCCGAACACCACCACCAUCAAACUAGAUGGCAGGAGCUCAACAGGUGGUUCUCCAAACACCACCAACAAACCAAAUGGAAGGAGCUCAAUCGGCGGUUUUCAAGACACCACCGAUAAACCAGACGACAUGAGUACAACCAGUGACUUUCUAGACACUACUGAUAAGCCAAAUAGUGGGAGAAACACCAACGGUUUUUCAGACACCACUACUAUACCAAACGAUGAGAAACCAAACAAUGGCUUUCCCAGCACCUCCAUUUGCAACAAACAUACCUUUCUCCACCAUAAUACUAAAUUACCAGCAAUUUGUACCCCAUAA